AUUCACAUAAUCACAAAUAGCGACACUUAUUAUAUCCUCUUCCAAACUGUAACCUUUCUUCAAGAAGAAGAAAAUAUGGCAUCUCAUGAUCAAAGCUUCAGAGCUGGUGAGGCCAAGGGCCAAACUCAGGAAAAGACCAACCAGAUGAUGAGUAACGUUGGGGACAAGGCCCAAGCUGUAAAGGACAAGACAGCCCAAGAAGCCCAUUCUGCAUGGGAUAAGACAGCCCAAACAGCCCAAGCAGCAAAGGACAAGACCCAGCAGGCAGCCCAAACUGCAAGGGACAGGACUAGUGAGACGGCCCAAAACACAAGGGAGAAGGCCCAAAACACUGCUGGCGCAACAAGAGACAAAGCCUCAGAAAUGGGCCAGGCCACUAGGGAAUCGGCCCAGUCCGGUAAGGACAAUGCUGGUGGGUUCCUUCAGCAAACUGGGGAAAAGGUUAAAGGCAUGGCACAAGGUGCCGCUGAUGCUGUGAAACAUACAUUUGGAAUGGCGCCACAUGAAGAUGAACAUGAACACCCAAGAAGGGAUGUCUAGUUUAAUAAAUCAAAAUUGUUUGUGUUUUUCUUAAUUUGGUGUUUUCAAUAAGGUGUGUGAUUUCCCUCUUGUAUUAGUAGUAAGGAGGGAAGGAAUGUACUAUUAUCUAGUCUUAGUAGCAGAAUUCUUCUACUUUGUAUAUGCAAGUAUGAAGAAAAAUGUCAUGUUAUAAUAUCGUAAUAUUAUCUUUAAA